ACUCUGCUGCCCCAUGCCCAACAACUCACAUGCAGCACUCUCUUUGUUCCAAUGAGUCCAAACUCAUUUCUUUCAUCCUUUCAAAUUUUUUCCCUUUCUUGCAAAUGUACUGGCUGUUGAAUUAAAUACCAAAAAAAUGAAGUUCAAUCUCAACCUCUAUAUACCCCAACAUUUCCAUCUUCAUUCUCCACUCCAUUGUGUUAAACUUAAAAAUGAAGAAAGCACUUAUGAUUGGUAUCAAGUAUCCAAACCAAGUUCCAAGCGAACAAGUGAUAAGCAGCUACAAUAAUAUUGACACUGUCCGGGAUAAGCUUGUUACACUUAAAGGAUUCGACCACAAGAAUAUCACCAUCCUAAAGGAUGAUGGUGAAACGGAUCCCCCAACUCAAAAGAACAUAGAAAUGUACGUGGAUUCCGCUGUUACAGCUGCAAUGAGCACGGGUGAUAAGCUCUUGAUUUAUUUCAGCGCCCAUGGCCGUCAUGACAAAGAGGGUGAGUUGGGAAUACUUGCCAGCGACCUUCAAGUCGUACCAGGUCGCUUCUUCAGAAAUCUGCUUAAUCCAGCUAGAGAGAAGACCCGUGUUACUAUGAUAUGUGAAGUUUGCGAAUCAAGCGCCUUCUUUCCAAAGGACUACUUUGGAAGUAGGCCCUUUGGAACUAUGGUCGAUUCAGCAAAGGAAUCUCUACAGCUAUUCAUUGGUACAAAACCCAUUGCAAAGGGUCUUGUCUUUUUUAGUGCAAGUAGAGAAUUGAGUGGAGUUGAAAGAAGCCUCCCCAAGGAAGAGAGAGAAAAGCUCCUUGCUGUGCAGAAAUGUGCUUCUAAGGGAGUAGAGGUCACUUGCCCCCUUGGGGUUUUCACCGCUGAGUUGGUAAAUUGCUUGGUGGAAGCUGAUAAGGAGGGAAGAAGGAUCACUAAUAGAGAGCUUAUAAACUCUAUUCAGUGUCAAAUUGAACUGAAUAAGGGCGUGAACAGCUCUAAACAAAUUGCGGGCAUGGAAGGGGAUGAUUGUCUGGAAGAUUUUUAUUUUUCAGAUUGAUAUGAAUGUAACUUUAACUUUUUAAAUGUUUUAAUUUAGGCAAGCUUAAAAAUGCUGUUUGUGUUUUAAACAGCAGCCAUGCUCCCCUAUAAUGACCAAUAAUAAAAUGCUAUGAUGCCAUGUCAUCUUUUUGACUAGUAAAUUUUA